GCCGGGCCCGGCAGGGGGCGCAGGGCCGUGACGCGCGAAGGGCGAGGCGGGGGAUUCAAGCGCGUUAUAAGGCGCGGAACGGGAGCGCUGUCCCCGAGACGCCGCGCUCCGAGCCCAGAGGGAGCCGCCGCCCGCAUGGCCCCCGCCCGCCGCCCCGCCGGGGCCCGCCUGCUCCUCGUCUGUGCGGGCCUGCUGGCCGCCGCCGCGGGCUUCGUCUUCCCGGAGCCCGGAGAGCCCGCCGAGAGCCGCGCCCGCCAGGAGCCGCGGCCCGGGAACGAGCUGCCGGCGGAGAACCGCGCGGGGCCGCCCGCCCGCCCGCCGGAGCCCCCCGCCGAGGGGACACACGGCAUCGAGCCCAGGGAUGCCUGGAUGCUCUUCAUCAGGCAGAGUGAUAAAGGCGUCAAUGGCAAGAGGGGAGGCAGAGGCAAGGCCAAGAAGCUGAAGGUUCCUUUUCAGCUUGGCUUCCCAGGGCCCCCGGGGCCCCCCGGUCCCCAGGGCCCCCCUGGCCCCAUCAUCCCACCUGAAGUGCUGCUGAAGGAGUUCCAGCUGCUGCUGAAAGGCGCGGUGCGGCAGCGGGAGCGCGCGGAGCCCGAGCCCUGCACGCGCGGCCCCGCGGCGGGCGCGGCCGCCCCGCGGGAGGACGAGGAGGCGGGGACGGGGGACGCGGGCGUGCUGGCCCUGCUGGCCGCGCCCCUGGCCCCGGGCCCGCGGGCGCCGCGCGUCGAGGCCGCCUUCCACGGCCGCCUGCGCCGGGACGCGUCGGUGGAGCGGCGCGCGCUGCACGAGCUGGGCGGCUACUACCUGCCCGACGCCGAGGGCGCCUUCCGCCGCGGCCCCGGCCUGAACCUGACCAGCGGCCAGUACACGGCGCCCGUGGCCGGCUUCUACGCGCUCGCCGCCACGCUGCACGCGGCGCUCGCCGAGCAGCCCAGGCGGGGGCCGCCGCGCCCCCGGGACCGCCUGCGCCUGCUCAUCUGCAUCCAGUCCCGGUGCCAGCGCAACGCCUCCCUGGAGGCUGUCAUGGGCCUGGAGAGUAGCAGCGAGCUCUUCACCAUCUCCGUAAACGGUGUUCUGUACCUGCAGAUGGGGCAGUACGCCUCCGUCUUCCUGGACAACGCCAGCGGCUCCUCCCUCACCGUGCGCAGCGGCUCCCACUUCAGCGCGGUCCUCCUCGGCGUCUGAGCGGCCACACCGGGCCCUUCCUUGUGCCCGGCAAACAGAAGCGGGUCUGAACAAUAUCCGGGCCGGGCGGCCCCGGAGUGGCGGGGGGCCAGGCGCCGGAGGAAGCCCUUGGAACUGCCCGUGUGGGUCCUGCCGCUCAGCCCAGAGACGGCCCAACUCCAGCGGCCCAGGGAGGUGACGUGCACACUGGCACCAGGAGUGAUUUCGGGAGGUCGUCUUUCAAGAGGAGGAGAGCCCCAUCGGGCUGUUACUCGGCAAACGUUUCUAUGGGGCUCAGCGCCCAGAAGCACUUGCUUUGUCUUGGGGGAGUUGGGUCCCAAAUUCAUUGUGACACUGUAUCAGUGAUGGACUGGGGCGGAGAGGCCAGCGGUCGGCGGGGGGUGGUCCUGUGAGGGGACACAGGUGUUUCUUCCCAGGUGCCGCUGAGGAAGUUACACGGCAGCCUGGGCCACGGUGGCUGCAGGGACCUGGUGCCACAGGGGGGCGGGGGGGGGGGGGCAGGCUAGUCUGACAAGGGUGUGUUCAGGCCCAGAGGGAAGAGGGCGGUGGCUGCAGUCACCUUACCAUCCGGCAGGCUUCAGGACGGUGACCAGGUCUGACCGAUCUCCCAGAACACACAGCUCGUGUCCCCUCUUGGAAUCCCAACACCUCCCUCCUGCAGGAGGGAUGGGGGGGGCCCGGGCGCAGUACAUGCGAACCGGGCAUUUGGUGCCCUUGGCAGGCCUGGUGCGAUUCUCAGUAGGACUGGUACCCACCCUACCAGGAAGGGCCGGCUGCCAUGGGUCCUGCCUCCCCUGGCUGUUUGAUAAGGGCUGCUGCGGCCACACCCUUCUCUAGAUUUCCCUUUGCAUCCAGUGGGCAUAUUUUAGAGAAGCUUUUAUCCUUGAAAAAACCACGGACCUCUUCCUUUUUCUCAACCUAAGCGUAUUACACACUAAUUUGUUGAAGUA